UGCAAAACUGAAGGAAAAAAAAAAACUUCAAGCUGAGCUGUCAACUUUUAUUUAUCGUUUCUUUGAUGAGAACUUUCUCUCCCUGCUGUGUUGAGCUGUUAGUCUUCUGGAUGCUGAUAACGUGUUUCUAUUUAGGGCGACCUAGUGUGCUAGCAUGUCUGUGAGUGUAAGUGAAACAUGCAACAACAUUCUCUGCCUCCACCAGUAAAUCUCUGUCUGGGGCAGAAAGACCCCUGUGACCUCAUGGCUGUUUGCCAGGCUAGAGCAGUGGCACAAUGUUUUAAACUUAGCUCUGUUUAUGGACAAAUCUGUGUGUGUGUGUGUGUGUGUGUCUGAUUUUACCAUUUAAGCCAAACCCUAGUGUUUGAGAUGUGUUGCUGCUUAGAUGUUCUUUAUCUGUGGCUCCUCUUAUCUCUUUAGUCUGUGUUGUGUUACUGGAGCUGAUAAUGGAGACAGUAGCUGCUUUCAACAGUAUUCAGCAGAAACACACACUUCACACACAACUAUUUGAACUAUUUUUUAUGUUGGUGCAAUUAUAUUUGGAACAACAAGCUCUGGUCAUAUCUAAAUUGAUGUCAAUUAAGACAAUUUUCUCAAUUUGGCCUUAAUAUAAAAAGUAAAGUAAUGCUUUUGCAGAAGCAAUUGUCAAUAAAGUAAUUAUGUUGAAAAACUUGUUGCACAUUGACAGACGCUGUUGUCCUACAGUAUAAUUGGUCCUUGUAUUCUUAAAAUGUUCAGACGCAAAAACACUAUUUCUGGCAUCUAAAAAUGUCCGGCAUAUUUAAAAAAAAAAAAACUGGUAAUGUGUCCAUUAUCACAUUUUACUGAAAUAUACCUUACAUUUUACAUGAAAAGUCAAUGGAGUUAUUUGUUACUGUGACUGCUAUAGAGAAAUAGAAAGAUGAAAAACUCCUCAUAAACAAAGACAACAGAGACAAAAUUAGUCCACUUCCCACUCUGUUAAUAAAAUCACAGAAAAUGGAUGAUAGAGAGUUAGAUGCAACGAAGCCAUUAGAUGAUCCAGACGGUGUUCACAUCUGAUUUUAGGUAAGAAUUUGUCUUAUAUUCCACUGUUGGAGAACUUCUGUUCUGUCUUAAAUGCCUCACCAUUGGCUCGAAGUGUUCUCAGUUCUUUUCCGUUCCCCAGAUUGCAUCAUAAAACAUUAACUAUUAAUGCUACAGCAUUGCAAACUAUUGAAAGUCUACAACUCUCAGGUGUAGCGUUGUACUCUCCUAAACCGUAUGGUUUCUGCAGUUCUGUCCAAAUGUUUUUUUUAGGUCCUUUCUAAGUAAAGUGUUAAAUGUACAUCUUCAGUUGUAAUCGAACCGUUCAAACACUUUCUUUGUAAAUAAAAUGAAACCCAUCCAUUUAGUUGACAACAGCCAACCACUGACAUCACAUCAGCUGUAAACAAUCUUCUCAGGCUAUAAGGAUUGUGUUGUCGUUGUGGCUGCUUGACUCCUCUUACAGUACAAUGCUUCUCUUGAAGUUCUCUGACUCACUUCCUUGAGAUGAAGGUUCCAAACAUCCGUCCGUUUCGCUUCUGUACAAGUAUUUUGGGAGAAUUCUUGUUGUUUUGUCUUUAAUGCUCAUGGGGCCAUGUCUACAGCAGUGUAUGUGGGGAAGUCCAGAAGUUUAAAAAAAAAAAAAAAAAAAAAAUCUUCAACUUAACUUUAUUAACGAAAUCAAAGUAAUGUUGACAAUAUUGUCGUUUACCGGCACUAAUUUGUGGGACAACAUAUCGUCCAGCAAAAUUUGUAAUUGUCACAGGCCUACGUGUCUUUAGAACUUUCUGACCUGCCCCCGUAUCAUUCUGUCAUUAAAGAACCUUGUUAAAUUCAAGUCAGUGAAUGUGUGGUGUUUAUUAGUGGACGGUGAGGGACAAACAGCAGAUAUUACUGGCAACAUAGUCUUUACUUAAGACAUAGUCCUCAAAGGGUUUGCAGAGUCAAUAAUCGCAGCACUGGAAUCUGUCCUCUUGGAUUUAUGGAAAGUGAACCCCUCAUCUUCCCUGCUGCUGUGCCCACCUGUCUGCCUGGCUGUCUCAUAUUGACAAAUCUGUGUCGUUUUCCCAGUGGACUGUCAGAUUCCUCUGUAGAUGUUGUGGUUAGAGGACUGGUAUGACACUGCUUUCACACACAGGAGGCAAAACACACACAUGCUGAGUUCAGGAAGGUCAUUUUAUGAGAAUAGCAAUGGUGUUACUUUCAGUGGUUGAAUCAGUCACACGUGAAACUAUGUUUUGUACGAGGACGACUUAAGGAUGCUUAAAGAUACAGCCCAUAUCUAGAAAGAAAGAAAAGGUUUCUAAAAUUGCACAAAAAUAGUACUGAAACCUUUAUCAGACAAAGUAUUAGAAAUAUGAGUGACAGACUAAAUUGUGAUUUGUGACACAUAAGGACUCCAGAUGGGUCUUUAUUAUAGUGUGAAGUCUGAUAUUGUCUUCUGUGGAGGAAAUAUCUUCCAAACCCUGAUGUCCAUUAUCUUUAAUACAUUGAAAGCCACAGAGUCUGGACUUUCAGUCCAAAGCAGUAUAGAACUAGGCAACGGGACUGAUCCAGUUUCUAGAAGAAAUGUCACCUUUUAUCCAAAGGGCUUCUGACUGAAGAAGUGGCCUAGUUCUUGACUGUUUUUGACUAAAAUUACCUGAAUUAUCCAAACAGAUAUUUUGUCUUUCUUCGAUUCCAGAUGAAUUCUGGCUUAGACAACUUUUUUCAUAAAAAAGUUGAUUCACGACUUCCUCUUUGCGUGAUGAAGUCUCAGAGAGCAUUUUUCUCGCAAUGACAGCUUGUGUUAAUUGACAAAGAAUUCCUGAAGCAGAUGUAGCCAUGUCUGUCAGAGGAGCGUGGAGGUUCCAAACGCAGUACCCAAUUUAACCUGCCAAUUGGACCUCCUAUAUGUCACUCAUAUAUGUCUAUAUAUGUAGACAUAUUUAGUCUUAAAUCUCUAGAUUGUGUGCUAACCUUUCUGUAAACGGGGUUUUUGUAGAUGAAACAUUUUUGUGAGUGAGUGCAGCAUUGUUUUAGAAUUGCUUAAUUUAGGACCGGAAAGGACAGGCAGGCUUAUCUGAGCUGCUGAUGUUGUUGAUGAUUCAGAUAAAGGAAGUUCAAGAGCAUAGACGGCGACAAAUGCUGCACAGCUGAAGGGGAGUUCAAGUCCCCUUCUUAUCUUGGUGAAUUCCAUUUUUGGGCCUGAUUUGUCAUCUUCUAGUCAGGCUCCUAAAUGCACUCAUCUUUUUACGUAACUCUUCUGCUUCUGAGCCUUUAUGUUUCUCUAUAUACCUCACUCUCCUCACCCUUUCUUCUCACCCUUUCUAUUGCAGUUCCCCCUCUCUGUUCUCUGCUCCCUCUCUCACUCUCUCUCCCUCUCCUGCUCUCUCAGUCUUUCUGUCUGGGGGGGGGGUCUCUUUAGUUACAGUGUAAGGUGCAGCUGUAUGAGAGGGCAGCUGGCUCACCAUGAUGGUGGGGAAAGACUACAUGCUGGCCAUUGUGAUUGUCAAUUACGAGGAUAUCUGGAGUGAGCAGUCGUUCCAGACAGACCCAGAUCUUCCUCCAGGAUGGAAGAAGAUCACAGACAUGGCUGGGAUCUACUACUGGCACAUUCCUACAGGUACCACCCAGUGGGAGAGGCCGGCCACCCGCCAAGCCCCCCCUGGACAACUGGAGUCGUUGACCCUGAGUGGCCACACAGCAACAGUACAACGCAAACAGUCUGUGGGCUCCCUCAGCCCCUCACCCACUCCUGACCUUGAGUCUUGCCAGACAGAGCUUUUCUUCAGGGCAUCCACACGUUCAGGCAGCACCACAUCUGACAGUUCAGUGGAGCCUCUGUCUUCUCAUGAGUCUGCUCUCCCCACGUGUGGAUUUGUCAACAGUUGCUACUUUCCUCGUUCCACUGCUGUACAGGGGGCGUCUGAUCAAGAGUCAUGCUCUCAGCAUCAGGACAAUGAGGACAAGAAACAGGUGUGGAGUGAUUUUGGCGGAAAGAUUGAUAGUGAGGUGUGGAAGGAUCUACAGGCAGCCACAGUGAACCCUGACCCCAGUCUGAAGGAGUUUGAAGGUGCUACGCUGCGAUAUGCAUCACUCAAGCUAAGAAACCAUCCAGCAGCAGAGGAGGAGUCCAGUACCAUCAACAGUGACCCUGAAACAAAGUGUUUUGCCGUGCGCUCUCUUGGAUGGGUGGAGAUGGCCGAGGACGACCUGGCUCCAGGGAAGAGCAGUGUCGCUGUGAACAACUGCAUCAGGCAGCUGUCCUACUGCAAGAAUGACAUCAGAGACACGGUUGGCAUCUGGGGAGAGGAUAAAGACAUGUAUCUGGUACUGGAAAAUAAUAUGCUGAACCUAGUUGACCCCAUGGACCGCAGCGUGCUUCAUUCUCAGCCCAUUGCAAGUAUCAGAGUCUGGGGCGUUGGCCGAGACAAUGGCAGAGAGAGGGACUUUGCGUAUGUGGCCAGGGAUAAAAACACCCGGAUCCUGAAAUGUCAUGUGUUCCGCUGUGACACUCCAGCCAAAGCCAUCGCCACAAGCCUGCAUGAGAUCUGCUCCCGGAUAAUGACAGAGAGAAAGAAUGCCAAAGCCAUGGCAGGAGGCUCCCUCCAGAGCAGGAUGCAGGCAGGACUAGAUCUUCCUUUACAAGCAGAGUUUCCCACACCAAAGACGGAGCUGGUUCAGAAGUUCCAGGUCCUCUACCUCGGCAUGAUGCCUGUGGCCAGGCCAAUAGGUAUGGAUAUACUGAACGGAGCCAUCGAGAGUCUGAUUGGUUCCUCCAACAGAGAAGACUGGACUCCAGUGGCUCUGAAUGUGGCCGAUGCUACUGUCACCAUCAGCAAAGACAAGGACGAAGCUGAAGUGCUGGUGGAGUGUCGCGUCCGCUUCUUGUCGUUCAUGGGUGUGGGACGGGAUGUCCACACGUUUGCCUUCAUCAUGGACAUCGGCAGCCAACACUUUGACUGUCAUGUCUUCUGGUGUGACCCCAACGCUGGAAAUGUGUCUGAGGCCGUUCAGGCUGCUUGUAUGCUGCGGUAUCAGAAGUGUUUGGUGGCUCGUCCUCCUUCUCAGAAGGCCAGCGGCUCGUCACCUCCUGGCGACUCGGUGUCCCGUCGGGUGUCCACCAGUGUGAAGAGAGGAGUCCUGUCGCUCAUCGACACCCUCAAACAGAAGAAGCCCGUCACUGAGUCGCCGCAGUAACCGCGGUAAAACACUGACAUCAACCGCCCGCCACAGCUCACCCCCCCAUCCCCUCCCUUUGUCACCAUGGUAAUAAACUGCAUCGUUGCCGCAACCUGAACAACAGCAACAGUCUACGGUUGGAGGGAAACCCCUCAACACUUCCUUCACCUCCAGGGUUUUCACACCUGUCCAGCAGCGACUCAUGUUGAGCAGCGUAAAAACCCAGAAGAACGAGCGUGAGAACCAUCGAACGGAGGUUGAUGAAGACGUUGAUGUGCACAGACGUCGCUCUCAGCUUCGAUGAGGAGUGAGGAAGAAGAGUGCUCUUCAAAAAAAAAAAGGAAAAAAAGAUGAGGACGCUCCAUCGCUUCCCAAACCACUGACUCCUUCAUGCUGUGACUGUAGCUGUGUCCGUGUCUGUGUCUGUGCUGCCAGCAUGACAUCACACACCUGGCCUCACUGCCCUCUCUGUCCUGUCUGUCUGCUGGCUUUUUUUCUUCUGUCUUUCUUCUUCUUCUUUGUUUUUUUACAGUAGGCCGUAACAGAAGGGGAAUGGAGCGAGCACAUGAUGGGAUUCUCUUAUCCGCCUGUAGUGGACAGUAGAGAGAGAGUGACACUGCUGACCCUGCAUGGACUUUCAUAGAAGAAGUGAAUCACUCUGGUGACAGUGUGAAAACUCUAAUGCUGCUGGCCGAAAGUGAAGUGGUGAGAAAACGUCUUCUUAUCGUAUCGUUUUGCCUCAAACAUACAAGAAUCAGCCGAGUCUGUCCGAACGAUCGGUGACCUUUCACCUGAAAAAAAAAAACCAACAGAGGAUGAGGAGACACAGAGAUGAAGACUCGAUGAACAGUGUGUCCUGUGCUGUCGUGUCGUCUGGUGAACAGCGUCUGAGACGUCAGCCUGCUGCCACUUCUCUUUGAUCCACAGUCUGGAGGAAAUUGGACCUGGAACCCCACCUGGGUGUUGCUUCUCUGAGACGUCAUGUCCACUAAUAAAGUGGGCUCUGCCACAGGAGGAAAAGCAGAACAGGAGGAAUGUGCUGUUUUUCUACCUGACUCUGGUUCCUGACGGAGUUCUCUGAAACUGUGAGCAGGUGAGAUGAAGGAAACCUUUCAUCUCCAGACUUUUCACCUCGUCAGACGUGUCGACUCGGAUCAGCAGGUCCUUCCUGGGCUGAUGAUGAUCCGUCUCCAGGUUUCUGUUCACUUGAAUGCCUUCUAUUUAGUUUUUUUAUUUGAUUGCCUGUUCAGUUACUGAAUGGAUUCUUUCAACAGGAUCAAAUCAGGUCUUUCUGACACAGAUCUAAUCUGCUCACUGUCGAGCUUCCGGUUUAUUCUGAGGUCUCUCCGUUAAUGCCUGUCAGGCUUCAGCGCUCUUCACAUCAACAACAGCUUAAACAGCUGAAAAUGAAAACACAGUCUGAGUCGAGGUCCAAACAGGAAUCACUUUUAUUAAUUAUAUGUUGACGAUGCUUUAAACAGAAAUAUUUGAAUUAAACCGUCAGCGACAAUGACACAAAAAACACACUGCGUUUACCUCUCGAGGCACGACAAAUAUUUGAUUUUAUUAAAUUAGUCAUCAUCCAGUCCAACAUGUGGGAAUGUGAAAGCCCCAAAAUCUUGACAAACUACAUUUCAAAUGUAUUCAACUAACACAAAGUAACGUCAAAUUAUAUCGAUAACAUUUGAAAACAAAGUUCAAAAAGAGAAAACAAAAGUGCAGUUGCGACAUCAUCACUUGAAAAUUGGACCACUGCGUUUAACCCAUUCAGGUUAUGGGAGCCCAUACUAUAGACUUUAAUUUUAAGACAAUUUUCCCACAAUCCUCUUUUCUCUUGUCUGUCUUCGGCCACUUUUACUCUAAUGGUCUCUGGUUAUGGACCCUGGUCUGGAGGUCAAAGGUUCUGUCGGGGUUUAGAUGAUGUGAGAGCUCCGUCUUAUAUUGUUUUACAGAUUGUUCAGAUACAGUGUUGAGGAGGAGAAGCCUGACAGAUGGAAUGACAGGGAUGUAGUAAAAUGCCGGAGAGUUCCAACUAAAAUCUGCCUUCACAGUGAACACCGUGUAAUGAAAAACAAAUGAAGGAACCAGGAAAGUCGUGGAGGUUCUAUAGGACAAACGCAGACACAUCGCUUUCUCUUUGUCACGUACAAAUGUGAACGACAUGACGGCCAUUUCUCGUGGACGUAUUUCCUCUGCUCACCGUAACGUCUGCCAUUAUUCAUCGUUAUAAGCUAUGUUUUUUUAACUAUUAUUAUUAUUAUUAUUAUUAUUCAUUUUUGAAUGUUUUCUAUCGCUUUUGUUUAAAUGAAAUGCGUUUUUCUUUCACCAAAUGGCCAAAGUGUAAAAUACAGAUAUACAUUGUUGUAAAUAUGAAAAAUAACAGAGCAAAUAAUGAGAGCGAGUCGGGAGUUUGGAAGGUUUUCACCGUUGUCCAUUAGGUUGAUAGUGAAUUUAACUGAGCAAUUAUCUAUGCAUUCUUUCGAUCUCCACAAAGGGAAAGUCCUGACAGCCUUGCAUGCCCUGGGACGGUUGAGAGAGCGACUGUAUGUACGUAACAGAAAUAUUUUUAUUUUAUUUAUUCUAUUUUAUAAAGGUAUAUAACUGAUUUUAUUAGUUGGGGCAAGUGAAGUCUCAUGACUCGGUGUUCGUCGUCUCAGUCCCUGGUGAAACCACAACGCUACAACAAGCUUCGCUUCGCAGCAAACUGCAAGAAAAAGGAACAAAAUCUCCACUCAGAGCUGGAGGUCCACUGCUGCAGGAGGGAGGAAGGAGGUGAGGAUGAUGAUGAUGAGGAGGAGGACAGAAGUGGACCUUCAGCGUCUCUGACGAGUUCACACAUAAACACACACAGCUCACACUCCAGUUCCCACAAAUGGAUGUGUCGGCUUCUGUUUGCCACUCACGGGUUUGUACACUUUACCAAUGUAACCAAUUGUGAGAAUAAACAGCAUUAUAAAACACA